CACUUUUAUUCCCACUCUACUGAUAGUCUCCUUCAUUCAAUGCUUGUUGUUCAACAAUGUGGAACUCACCAACUCAACCGAGCAACAAAUGACCAACGGGAUGCUCAAACAUCAACCAAUUACCCGACUGUAUUUUUCAACACGUCUUAUCUUUUCUCCCCACGAAGUUCACCGUUUCAACAUCUAUUCUCGCCAAGCGAUGCCGUUCUCUUUAGAUUCUGGUCCCUGUUCUCGACUUCCGGCAAACACCCAGUUACUGUACCGACAAAAAAUGUCGAACAUCCUUCCGGUAUUUGGCUUUCAAAGCUUUGAUGCUCAGCAAGGCGGCUUCUCUACACAAGUUUCGCCUCACCCGCAACAUCGAUCUCGGCCUUUUAUUUCUCAACACUAUGAUCAACGGUGUAAUCCUCCCGCGCGUGGUUCGGGAAGUGGACAUCUCCAUUUUCGCAAAAUGGAGAUCCGAUUUCUUCGAACUGCCGACUUGUUUAUUCUCGGCCGAGAAUUUAUAUGUUCUGAAACUCAGCCAAGGAAUCUUCAUCGUGUUCGUAAUUACAGGUCAGUUCGUUUGCCGAGUCUCAAGGUUUUGCAUCUCAGAUCGGUUACUUACGCGAAUAACAAAUCUGUUUCGAAGCUUCUUCAAGGUUGUACUGUGUUGGAGGAGUUGAUUGUUAAAAGAACUUUCAAAGAUAAUGCCAGAAAUUUCAUUGUUCAUUUACCCACAUUGAAGACUUUAAACAUAAAAGUGCAGUUCGACAAGAUGAGCAAAUUACGAUCCAAAUACGAUCUUACUAUAAAUGCCCCGAAUCUUGGGUACCUUGAGAUUAUAGAUUGGGAGAGCGUGAUUCAAUUUGAAAGUGUGUUUAUUAGCUUAGUCGAAGUUACUAUGGAACUGCCUUAUUCCAAAUGGUGGAAGCACUUUGCAAUGCUAAGUUCCUUCACUUGAAAUGGACCCAUUAUUGCGACUUUAGGGCAUUGCGUAAGGAUGAAGCUUUUCCUUUGUUUCCUAAUCUGAUCCAACUGGAGCUAAACUUUGGUACUAAAAAGGAUGAAACUUUCGUACUGAAAAGUCCAUAUAAAAUGCUUAUAUUACAUAGUGGUGUUCAUCAAUAUUUUAAAAUGUAAUUUAGUUUGGAGUUUGGAAGAAAGGAGAAUUUGGAUUUUGCAGUGUGAAUGAUUGUUAAUCAAACAUGUGCAUUCCAUUAAGCUAAAUAAUUACUUUCCAAGCAAGCCAACAUCCUCCAAAAUUACAUUAGAACUUUAUUCUAAAAUUUAAACCCUUUGUUCUCCUACGUCAACACUUGCUAAGCUUCUACUCUACUCUCCG